AUAUAAGAGUCAGUAAGUUGGGAGAGAGACAUUACACAGCCAUGAAUCCUGUAACAACCGUUCUCAUAACCUUCAUAUUGAUUAUAGACCAAGGGAGAGCGUUGAGAUGUUACACCUGUCUCUUCCCCACCAUCUCCCCCAUGGAAUGCAUUAAGUUUCCAGUCACUUGCCCUCCCAACGAGAGAUGUCUGAUCUCCACUGCAACUGGAAGAAGAGGUGAGUUCCAGUUCGUGCUGCGGGAGCGGAGCUGCACCGUGGCCAGCCUCUGCGGGACCAGCGGCCAAAAGAACACACUGGGCAUUAACGUCACCUUCCACAACGCCUGCUGUGACACUGAUCUCUGCAAUUCAGCAUCUGCUGGGAAAGCAACGCUCGCUAUGGUACUCAUCCCGCCUCUGUUUCUCCUAAUACUGGCAAAGUGAGGCCAGGCUGGAGUGCCCGCAAUCCACUCAUAACAAUAAAAUUAUAUAGUAUGUA